UGUUCUCAGUAUAUGAGGAGAGUGAACAGAUGAAUAGGUUUGGAGGAGAGCAAGGAGGAGGAGGCCAGAUGCACGUAUUGUGUACAUGUGUAUAAGAGGAAUGUAAUAUUCAUGUUUCAUGGUUAAAGAGGAUGUUCUGGACUGAUCCCCCUCUUCCUUUCAGGAUGGAGCCUGGUGGAGUCCGAUGGUUGACACCAGGUCUGAGGAAGUAUUCCUGUGAACUCACAUUUGACACAGACACAGUAAACCGAAAGAUCCAACUGUCUGACAACAACAGGACGGUGACACGUGUGGACGAGGUUCAGCCAUUUCCUGAUCAUCCAGACAGAUUUGACUACUGGCCUCAGCUGCUGUGUAGAGAUGGCCUCACUGGUCGCUGUUCCUGGGAGGUUGAGUGGAGUGGAGGAGUUGAUAUAUCAGUGAGUUACGGAGGAAUCAGGAGGAGAGGAAACACUAAAGACUGCAGGUUUGGAUGGAACAGUCAGUCCUGGACACUUUUCUGCUCUGAUGAUGGUUACUCUGUCUGUCACAAUAAGAUAGGAAGAUCCAUCUCCUCCUCUGUUUCUAACAGAGUAGCAGUGUAUGUGGACUUUCCUGCUGGCACUCUGUCCUUUUAUAGCGUCUCCUCUGACACACUGAUCCACCUCCACACCUUCAACACCACAUUCGCUGAACCUCUUUAUCCUGGCUUUGGGUUCUGUUAUGGUGCCUCAGUGUCCUUGUGUUCUCUGUAGGAGGGAGAGUCUCCUCCUGUUAGAAAAAUAUUCUCAUUGCUGAACAGAUCACAGUUGAAUCUUUACAGGAUCACAGUUACAGAAAUCUUUCAAGUUAUUGUAAUAAAUUAAGUUCAAGUUCAAGUUCAUUUUAUUUAUAUAGCACAUUUUAUAGCAGCCAAUGACUGACCAAAGUGCUUUACAGAACAACAAAAUUAAAAGACACUAACACCAUGCAUAGCAGCACAUCAUAGAACAGUACAGCAAAGAUAAGAACAGCUUAGAACGGGAGAAGCACAAGCAAUCAUAGAGUUAUCAAAAAUAAACAACAGAAAGGACAUAUAAACAUACACACACACACAUAUACAUAUAGAUAUAUGUAUAUACAAAGAUACACAUACAUAAACAACCUUAAUUAUAGGCCAAAGAAAACAAGUGCGUUUUUAAAAGUGACUUAAAAGAGAUCACAGAAGGGGCUAUCCUAACGUCUAAGGGCAAAUUGUUCCACAGCCGAGGCCCAACCACAGAAAAAGCUCGAUCCCCUCUGCGUUUAAG